CGAGAGGAGGACUGCCUUUAGAGAGAGGGCAUCGAGGAUAGUUUGGGGGCACACUCUGGGACUAUAGAAGGAUUCGCUUAUUAACAGUCGUUCCGUGUUUAUGGGGUCGAGGGAACCAGGAUAUCUGUGCGAAGCCUCUGGUUUAAAAGCAGGGAUUUUUCAUAUUUUAUCCACUUUGAAUGUUGCUUGGUUUGAGCAAGGGAGCCGCCAUGGCAGUGGUGCUGUUGAGGCAUGUAGUCUUAGAAUCUACUAGCUAAACUAGCUAGAUUAUUUAAAAACUGUACUGAUUGAGACAAAUUUUGUUGGGCACUGAAGCUUAACUAAAACAGUGACUACCCGAAAUUGCUGGCCUCUCGUUAGCAUAGUCUUUCAGGUUCGUUAGAUAAAGCGUAUAGCUAACGUUAGCUAGCUGUCGCUAAUUAGCUUGUCCUAGCUAGCUAGGCUAGUCACUGGCAUUUUCUAUUUUGUGUAGUUAUAUUUCUUGGUAAAUUAGUCGAAGAAAUAUUUCAUGGGACACAUAUGACAUAUGAUUUUAUUUUACCAAGAAUAUAUGGGCUUACGGGUAAUUAUUUGACUAUAGUAAUUUCCCGUUUCUGACCAUUUACGAGAACGAUGAGUGAGAGAUCACUCUAACGUUAGCGAACAAGAACAGGAGCAUUUAGCGGACCAUCUCGCAAUUUACAGUAACGAAACGUGUAUUAGUUUAUUUUUCCGUUGGAAGGACCCUGACCGUGGGGGUUCGGCAUUGAUUCAGAAGAUUAAAAAGAAUAUUGUUGGGAAAAUAUCAGACGUUGCUGUUUCACGAACGACCGUGGCAGAAGAAAGAGAUAUUUGGGAUAUGUCGGGUCGGCCAAGAACCACCUCCUUUGCAGAGAGCUGCAAGACCGUGCCGCAGCCCUCAGCCUUUGGAAACAUGAAAGUGAGCAGAGAUAAGGAUGGGAGUAAGGUGACUACGGUGGUGGCCACACCCGGUCAAGGCCCAGACCGGCCACAGGAGGUCAGCUACACCGACACCAAAGUCAUCGGCAAUGGCUCCUUCGGCGUGGUGUACCAGGCCAAGCUGUGUGACUCUGGAGAGCUGGUGGCCAUUAAGAAAGUCCUGCAGGACAAGAGAUUUAAGAACCGUGAGCUUCAGAUCAUGAGGAAACUAGACCACUGCAACAUUGUACGUCUGCGCUACUUCUUCUACUCCAGUGGAGAUAAGAAGGAUGAAGUCUACCUGAACUUGGUUCUGGACUAUGUGCCUGAGACGGUCUAUAGAGUCGCCAGACAUUAUAGUCGAGCCAAGCAAACUCUGCCCAUGGUCUAUGUGAAGUUGUACAUGUACCAGCUUUUCCGGAGCCUGGCAUACAUCCACUCCUUCGGGAUCUGCCAUCGCGACAUCAAGCCUCAGAACCUGCUGCUGGAUCCCGAAACAGCCGUACUCAAACUCUGUGACUUUGGGAGUGCUAAGCAGCUGGUGCGUGGGGAGCCUAAUGUGUCCUACAUCUGUUCGCGCUACUACAGAGCCCCUGAACUAAUCUUUGGUGCCACAGACUACACCUCUAGUAUAGACGUUUGGUCCGCUGGCUGUGUUCUGGCGGAGUUGUUGCUAGGGCAACCGAUUUUUCCCGGUGACAGUGGCGUAGAUCAACUUGUGGAGAUUAUCAAGGUCUUAGGCACUCCUACCAGGGAGCAGAUCCGUGAAAUGAAUCCGAAUUACACUGAGUUCAAGUUCCCACAGAUCAAGGCACACCCAUGGACUAAGGUGAGUCAUCAUGUCUCUUGCAUGCGCUCCGUGUUCCAGGUGUUCCGGCCAAGGACACCACCCGAAGCCAUCGCCCUGUGUUCUCGCCUGCUGGAGUACACGCCCACUGCACGACUGACCCCCCUGGAGGCAUGCGCUCACACCUUCUUUGACGAGCUUCGCGAGCCUACCCUCAAACUCCCCAACGGCCGCGACAAACCUCCACUCUUCAACUUCACCACUCAGGAGUUGUCCAGUAACCCCUCUCUAGCCUCCAUACUCAUCCCUGCUCAUGCCCGCAACCAGGCAGGGGCUUCUCCACCUACUAAUGCCUCUGCUACUACAGAUGCCAACAGCGGCGAGCGUGGUCAGACCACUAACGCUGCCUCCGCCUCCGCCUCCAACUCCUCCACUUGAGCCCCCUCGUCGUGGGCCAGUCACAUGCUGCUGCUCGCUGACCACGCCCAUUCCCUGGAGACAAGGGGCAGGGCUUAAAUAAGAACUCAUAACAGGACGAACACACCGAUCAGACUUCCAAAAGUCCCAUUU